AUGCCACGCGAACAUCGCGAGCUUAUUUACUGGGUCGAAGCAGAAUCGCCGAUACAGAAAUCAACGGAAGGUCGUCAGCAAGCACUGGAGGCGCUCACUGCAUUUCGCUCAUCUCAUUUGAAUACAGUGGCAUUAUACAUCCUCACACAAAUGAAAGGCUCUUCGCAGGCGACUGGAACUGGAGGCAGUUCACUUGUGCAAUUUUUGAACAAUGUCAGGCUCAAUACCAAAUGA